AUGCGACCUCUGAGCACUGCGAACGGCAUCCGCAGCCUUUGCAAGACCCGGCUAUCUCCCACGACGACCACUGCGGCUUGCUUUCAUUCAUCCACGCAACUUCGAGAAAGGACAAGACCACGGGUUCACACCAAGAAGAAGCCGGAGCCGCCAAAACCAGGUCCCUGGUGGAAACCUUUUGAGGUCACGAACGUAGUCUUGGAUCUCGACAGCUAUGAAAGCAGCUACACGCGACCUUACGAUGAAGCCGAGGAAGAGGCUCAGUCUCAGAAGUGGGCUCUGAACCCUCGGAGAGAAGGCAUGAAGCAGCGCAUCGACGAAUUCAAUGUCGGUCGUGAAGCGGCAAAGGCGAGGUUCGACGAGGUUAGCCAGAAGGCGUGGCAGCCAUGGCGUGUGUCGGAUCUGGACAUCAUGACUGCCGCUCUCAGAGGCGCUCCGACACAAUCGGUGCCCCAGACCGGGGUUGAGGGGUUUCAACAAAAAGUCGUGGAGAGAAACGGUAUCCCGACGACUGUCUAUCGGAAUGACCAGCGGCUAUUGGAAUGGCUGAUCCACCGCAAGCCCCAGACUCUGGCACUGCGAACGAACGCGGAUGUGCUCACACGCCUGCUCGAGGAACAGACAACUUCGGAGGGCUUUCACGAGGUGCUAUCAAGAUUACUCACCUCGAAAGAGAGCGCCGAGUUCCUUUCCAACUACGCAUUCAUCAUCGGAAAAGUCAUAUCAGAUGCGCUUGACGACCGUCUUGCGCGACCUCUCGCGCUUUUGCCCCUUCUGAACAGUCUCUUGCUUCGCUGCGACGCGAAGAAUUAUGCCCUCGGCCCACAGCUUUGCACCGUCGGAAUGAAGAUGUCAGCGGAAGCCUUUCGUCUGAAGGCACUGAAGUUGUAUCUUGAUCACGUCUUUAAGCAUCACCAUGUCAUCUCGCCAACGACUGUCAUCGAAAUACUGCGCCCCCUACAUAAAGUCGUUGUUCAAGGACGAUCAGAGGACAGCGGACAGCUUGCCGAGGAUGCCGGAACGGAUCGUUCUGCACAAUCAAUUAGAACGCCGGCCUUCGAACUGCUUCUUUUUCAUCUUCUUGUGGGAAAGACUAAAAAGACCAAUUCUUCGAAAUCGUUCCCCUGCUUCAGGACAAUCAUCGAAAAUGAUCCGUCCGCUCCAGAGGAGUUGAGAAUCAUGUAUCGGGAACUGGUGGACAAAGUCAGGCCGUCAGCUGAGAACAUUGCGGAAAACAUUGAGCCGGCACACGACGAAACAGAGCCUGCAAAUCCAUGA